AUUCAGCGAUAUUGCACGAGUCAUUGAGUCUUGACUGUCGGGACUUCUCUGCAAGUCAGUCUGAACGCUGAAGGAAAUCCAACUCGCAUUGACCGGUCAGCUGAACCCGAUUUCCUCAAAUUUAUUUGAAAGCUUUCUAGUCUCGAUCGUUCACCUGGAAACGUCCAACUUGGCCCGACAGACCAGCCGAGAUGGCUCCACUUUUUCCGUCCUCAAACCUCAACAAGAAACCGAAGCAGAAACCCCUGAAUUACUUGUUCUACCAGCAGCAUCAACUCUAUCGUCCAGUCGAUCUCGGCAGGUCUGGUUUGUUUGGUCCCAAUCGGAAGACCACCUUACAGCCCAAACCAACCGCACCGUCCACUCAACCAUCUCUGCCAACCGCGUCAGGCUCAAGACCAUCUCAUUCUGAAGAACGCGACAAGACCAAUAGCGAUCAUCCCCCAGAGCUAGCACAAAUUGAUGACGAUGACUCGAGAAGUACGGACUCAGACCCCGAAAUAAUCUCGCAGCUACUCGUCCCGCGCCAGACUCAUUCAGGAGCCCCUGAGACAUCGACCAAAGCUGUGAAUCACCUUGAUCCGCGUCUAACCAAUCCACAACUACCUGAUUCAUCCUCAGAUUUGAAUUCCAGAAUCACACCGGAUGAUGCGCGAGAUAGCUCUGGAUAUGAGAAGGUGCUUUCACCACAGCCUCCAGCAAAACAAGAGGAAGACGAAGUCGAUGAGCUUGAAGAAGAUCCGACAGCUGAUGAUGAAGUUGAUCAAUUGGAAGAACCAUAUGAAGCUCAUUCGAAUGAUCAAGACCCCGAUCUUACCGAUGAUAGGUUGAGUCACCAUUCUCUAUGCGAGAAGGUUGUGGAUCCAAUAGCCGAACUAUCUAGUCAGCAUAGAACAAGCAGAGAACAAACCAAUGAUCCCUCGAACCCUGAAAAUGGCGACUAUGUAGAAAAUCCGAACACUCAGGAUCCAAGCCAGCCAAAGCCUCAAGGAAGAAAAACACCUGGUCCAGCCUGUGAUCCAUCAAGCGACACAGCACCACCAAGAAUUGAACUAAUCAUCAUUGAUUCGGAUCGAGAAAGCGCCGACAUGGACGUGGAAACAAUGAAAGCGCUACCUCCCAUGGAAGCGGUCCUGAAUUCUGACAUUCCAUCAAAGCUGGAGAGGUCAACUCCCAAAGAAAACGUCCGAUUUGAUGAUCCCCCAAUCCCUCACAGUGAAAAUCAUGCGGAGAAUUCAGGCGCUCCGGAGUCUAACCAGAAAACGCUUGAAAGAAGAAAGCCUCCUGAACCGGUCUUUGAGUCCUCAAGUAAUGCACAAGCAGACGAACCAAUCAUUAUUGAUUCCGAUGGAGACAGUGUCGACAAGGACGUCAACACAAAUAGAUCGAUACCUCACCUUGAAAAAACCAACGAUCCCGUGAUUACGCCCAAGGAGAACGUCCAAUCCGAGGAUCGCUUGGACCCUCAAAAUGAAAGCCGUGAAGAGAAUUUGAGCAGUCAGGCUUCUAGUCAGCCGAAGCUCAAAGGAAGAAGAAGAAAAGUCUCCAAGGCAGUCUGGGAUUCAUCCAGUGAAACAGAGCCGCAAACGUCUAGACCGACCAUCAUCGAUUCCGAUCAAGAAAGCGUCAGCAAGGAAGUCGACCCGGUUAGAGCGGUCCCUCCCAUCAAAACCGUCCCCAAUCCCGUCCUUACACCAAAGCCGGAUAGAUCAGCUCUCAAGGAGAACAACAACUCGACGACGCUUGGAGCAAUGCCUCGCAAUCCAGCUGCUAUGAACAACGAAUUCGACCCAGAUAACUUGCUCGGUUGGGAUAACCUCACCUUGGAAGAGGCCACCAGGUUGCUCAACCAAUUAGACUCUGGGAGGUUUGUCUUGAAUAGAUAUGCAGAUUGAAAUCAUCGCCCAACCGUCGAAAGAUAUCUCCCCAAAACCCGUACCAAAAAUUCCAACCACAUCUGUUA